ACAGAACCCUCUCCCCCCGUCUUUGGCCACCCCCACGUUGUUAUUCCUCUCUCUUCAUGUGCUCAUCAUCGACUUAUCAUGUGACUAUACCCCUUCUUUGGCGGCCCCCUUACUACUACUUUCUUCUCUUUCCUUUUUGUGUUCUCACUUUCUCUUCUAUGCUUUCACUAAUCAUUAGCUCCUCCUAACUUCCCUAUCUAUUGUUCCAUCCAUUGUCCACUACUUAGUUUAAAAAAAGAUACAAUCUUUCAUCGAUUUUUCAGCACCCCAUUUUGAUUCUUUGAGUUAUAUAGACUGUGAGUGUCAUAUUUGUCUAUGUGAGCUGAUGAAAAAUGGGCUGUUUACAGUCCAAAUUCAAAACUGCAAAUGUUCAGUCCCCUGAUAAAGAACCUUCUCAGCCUGACUCUAAAACAGAUCUUGCUAAUGGAGAUCAAGUAGACCAAGAUCAAGUGCCUGCAUUCAAGGAAUUUAGUCUUGCCGAACUCCGAGCAGCAACGAAUGGCUUUAGCAGUGAAUUAAUAGUUUCUGAAAGUGGUGAGAAAGCUCCCAACGUUGUCUACAGAGGGAAGCUUCGGAGCAACAGGAUAGUUGCCAUCAAACGCUUCUCCAGGCAGUCAUGGCCUGACGCUCAACAGUUUGUGGCAGAGGCAGCUGGAGUUGGCAAGGUUCGGCAUAAGAGAUUAGUGAAUCUGAUUGGAUGUUGUGCUGAGGGAGAUGAGCGCCUAUUGGUUGCAGAAUACAUGCCUAAUGAUACUCUCUCAAAGCAUCUCUUCCACUGGGAGAAACAACCUUUGCCUUGGGAGAUGCGAGUAAGAGUUGCAUACUAUAUUGCACAGGCUCUGGAUCAUUGCAAUGAUGAAAACAGAAAGAUAUAUCAUGAUUUGAAUGCUUACAGAGUUCUUUUUGAUGAGGAAGGUGACCCUCGAUUAUCUAGUUUUGGUCUUAUGAAAAACAGCAGAGAUGGAAAGAGCUAUAGCACCAAUCUUGCUUAUACGCCUCCUGAGUUUUUGCGCACAGGCCGGGUAAUCGCAGAAAGUGUGAUGUACAGCUAUGGGACUGUUCUGCUGGACCUGUUAAGUGGAAAGCAUAUUCCUCCAAGCCAUGCACUAGACUUAAUUAGGGGUAAAAAUGUGUUGUUAUUGAUGGAUUCAUCCUUGGAAGGACAAUAUGCCGAUGAAGAUGCAACAGCAUUGGUUGAACUUGCCUCAAAAUGUCUCCAGUACGAGGCUAGGGAUCGACCUGAUAUCAAGUUCAUUCUUAAUGCAGUGGAGCCCCUUCAGAAGCAGAAGGAGGUCGCCUCACAUGUUCUGAUGGAUCUAACAAAAACUCCAGUGGUGCUUCCAACCAUGCUCUCUCCUCUUGGAAAGGCUUGUGCGAGGAUAGACCUCACUGCUGUUCAUGAAAUCUUGCUUAAAACAGGUUAUAAAGAUGAGGAGGGUGCUGAAAAUGAGCUCUCAUUCCAAGAAUGGACCCAACAAGUUCAAGAUAUGUUAAAUACCAAAAAAUUUGGGGAUAUAGCUUUCCGGGACAAGGACUUCAAGAGUGCAGUUGACUAUUAUUCUAAGUUAGUAUCGAUGAUGUCUGUUCCUUCCGGCACUGUUUUCGUGAGGCGGGCCCUUUCCUACAUGAUGAUAGGCCAACCAGAACUCGCUCUAAGGGACGCUAUGCAAGCGCAGGUUUGCUUGCCCGAGUGGCCUACUGCAUUCUAUAUGCAGGCUCUUGCCCUAUCCAAACUUGGGAUGGAAACUGAUGCACAAGACAUGCUCAAUGAUGGAGCCUCCUUUGAAGCAAAGAAGCUAAACAGUUGGCGCAACUGAUUCUGGCACGCUAGGGCCUAGGUGAAUCUAGAACGUCUCAUCUGUUAUCGAAGCUGGAGGUAGCUAUAGUAAAAAUGAGAGAGGAUACUAAAGAACCAAAGGUGAUGUAGUGUUUUUGGGGUUAUAUUUAUCUCAGCCCCCACUCUUUUGUAGCCAAUACAGUUCCAUACAGAAAAUGUAUAAAGUACUCUGGUGAAAACCCCUCAGUAGUUUAGUUUGCGAUGAAUGCCAGUUCUUAGUUUUGGAACUUAUCAAGAGUUCUUUCAAUGUCAUGUUUGGGUAAACAUUACUGCCAAGGUCUGGUUUGCUAUUUACAGUUAUUUUACCAGUUGAUCAUAU